CGGGGCUUCCUCCCCUGUCCAAAGAACUUCGGAACAGUCUCGAUUCUGACUCCAUGGCGGCGUCCGCCUCCUCCUCCGCCGCAUCCGCCUCCUCCACCGGUAGUGGUGGUAGCGACGCGGCAGCGGCGGCGCCGACGGCGGGCGCUUCUGCUUGCCCUUGCCCCAUAUGCCUCGAAUCCUUCAAAGACGAGGCCUACCUCGACACCUGCUUCCAUUCUUUUUGCUACAAAUGCAUAUGUCAGUGGAUAAGGAUAGUAGCGAGCAAGCAUGAAGAACCUUUGUCUUCAGUUAGGUGCCCACUUUGCAAGACUGAAAAUCUAUCCAUCAUACAUGCUUUUGACGGUGAAUCAUUUGAACGGUGGUACAUAAAUCAGGAACCUAGGAAGAGGCGUCUUUCAGAUGCACAUGAGUUGGUAUCACAGUUCUAUAACAUGGAAGAGGUCACAAGCAACAUUUCCGGAGUGCAGCGAUACUGGGAGCAAAAAGGAUAUCUGCGGAAGAAAAAUUGGCUUGAAACCUGGAUAAGGCGGGAAAUUCAGGCCCUUACUCGGGAUGAAAAUGUUGAGGCCAUAGUUUACCACAUUCACGGUGUCAUCGGAUCCUUCAUGAAGAGGCUUGAAAAGGAACACACGUCAAGGAGGAUUUCACCUGAGGAGAGGAGGGAAGAGUUCAGGACGUUGCUCUCUGGUGCUGCUAGGCCGUUCCUCCUCAGCCGAACGGAGCGAUUCAUCACCGAGGUAGAGCUCUUCCUGGUCUCGAAUCUCAACAUGGAAGCUUACAACAAAUUGCGCGUUCAGAGAUUUAGAGAGUCCAGCUCCCAUCUAACGAGAGAGCAAGAUGCACUGCCUCAUGACCGGUCUCUUGAGGAGCACUACUUGUACUUUGUAUGUAACGACACAGAUUGUGAUGAGAUGUAGCGAUCUACAAAUUUCGUCACAAGUGUCCUUGUUCCCUUGUACGUCAUCUCUUAGGCCGCUGCAAUUUUGGUCUAGCCCCAAUUACCAGUUUACCACAACGUCAUGCUGAUGAAAUACAAAUACAAAGCAUGGAGUAAGUAAGCUGAACAUGAGAACAUGAUGGCAAUUGGGACUUGUGAAUUCAAAAAUCUGAAGGCAGACCUUCAGAUUGGAAGCUGUUGAAGACAUCAAAA